UUAAAUACCGUUGGUUGAGCCGCCUGCAAUUUCCGACACCAUCCCACUAGCUUUAGUUAACUUCGCAGAGAUGGAGUACUGGGAUGGGCGAUACGUCAUCAUGUUGUUGGCGGUCUUCUUGAUUCCGGCGUCUCUGCUCCUUCUACUCUCCCGGAACAAGCCACGUUCCGGCAGACUGCCGCCGGGCCCGCCUGGGCUGCCCGUGUUGGGCAACAUGUUCGACCUCGGAUCACUACCUCACCAAACAAUAGCCGCGAUGAGAAACACGUACGGCCCUGUGGUUUGGCUAAGGAUAGGCUCUGUCAGCACCCUGGCAAUCCAGUCGGCCAAGGCCGCCGCCGAGCUCUUCAAGAACCACGACGUCCCAUUCGUUGGCCGCAACAUCGUCGACGUCAUGCUGUCGCACGAUUACAACAAGGGAUCCCUGGUGUUCGCCCAGUAUGGAUCAUACUGGCGGGUGUUAAGGCGGAUAUGCUCGGUGGAAAUGUUCGUGCACAAGAAGGUGAACGAAACGGCCCCCGUCCGGCGAAAAUGCAUCGACGACCUGCUCCGGUGGGUAGAAAACGAAGCUGCCGCAGGUUCUGGGAUUCACGUAACGCGCUUUGUUUUCCUGGCAACAUUCAACAUGCUGGGAAACUUAAUGUUCUCCAGCGAUUUGGUGGAUCCUGUGUCGGAAAAAGGGUCCAAGUUUUUCAACGCCAUGAUGGGAAUCAUGGAGUGGGGUGGCACUCCGAACAUCUCCGACAUCUUCCCAUGUCUUAGGUGGCUGGAUUUGCAGGGUUUAAGGGGGAAGACCGACAGAGAUCUGAAAAUUGCGCUGCAAAUUGUUUCAGCUUUUGUGAAGGAACGUUGUAAAGAAGGAGUACAGGACAGUGGGAAAAGGAAGACUGAUUUCUUGGAUGUUCUGCUCAGGUUUGAAGGCAGUGGAAAAGAUGAACCAGCCAAGCUUUCAGAACACCAGAUCAAUAUAUUUAUGCUGGAAAUGUUUUUGGCUGGAACAGACACGACUAGCAGCACGGUGGAAUGGGCACUAACGGAGCUCCUGCGCAACCCGAAAGCAAUGACCAAAGCCCAAGAAGAGAUUCGUGGAAUUGUGGGACCAAACCGGAGAUUCGAGGAAAGAGACAUUGAUAAUCUGCAAUAUCUGCAAGCUGUGGUGAAAGAAACAUUACGUCUGCAUCCCCCGGCACCUCUCUUGAUCCCAAGAAGAGCAAUUCAAGACACUAAAUUUAUGGGGUAUGACAUACCCAAAGACACUCGGGUCUUCAUAAAUGUCUGGGCAAUUGGCAGGGACCAUGAAAGCUGGGAAGACCCUUUGUCUUUCAAGCCUGAGAGGUUCCUGGGCUCCAACAUAGAUUUCAAGGGACAAAACUUUGAGUUUCUGCCAUUUGGUGCAGGUAGGAGAAUCUGUGCAGGUCUGCCAUUAGGUAAUAGAAUGCUGCAUUUUCUUCUGGGAUCAUUGCUUCAUAGUUUUGACUGGGAACUUGAAGGCAAUGUGACCUCAGAAUCUCUGGACAUGGCAGAAAGAAUGGGAAUCACAGUCAGAAAAUUUGAACCUCUGAAAGCAAUACCAAGGAGAGUUGUGGCUUAGCUUGACAGAAGCUAGCUAGAAUUCCACCUUGUAAUUAUUAUCUUUUAGUUUCCAAUGAAUAAGGUAAAUGGAUAUGAAAAAUUCAUCUGCUUGCAACUAUGGUCAUAUAUAUUACAUUAUGCCUCAAUGCAACUAUAGUUAAAUUUUUA